AUGCACGGUCUUGACGUGGUCGUCGUCGGAGCAGGUACGAUUGCACAGCAUAAUACAAAGACAGGUGGCUUAUUGCACACCUGCUCGGACUGACGUGGACUGACAUGGAACUAUCUCAGGCAUUGGCGGCCUCCAGACUGCACUUGCCUCGGCUACCGACGGGCACAGAGUCACUGUACUUGAAGGGGCGAAAGCUUUUGAAGAGGUACUGGACGUGUACCCAAUAUAUCUGGCCACGCCCUCGAGCCUUGGCGCUCCGUGUGGCCAUAUACUAAGCGCCUUUUGCUAAUGGACUGCAGGUCGGCGCCGGCAUCAGGUAUUCCAUCAUAGCCCUUGAAAGAGGCCCUCUGACUGACCGAUUCUCUCGCACAGAGUACCUCCCAAUUCCUCCCGGCUGAGUAAGCUAUGGGGCGUGGACUUCAGCUCCGUCAAAAGAGAGGUGUCUCUCGGGAACCGUUUCGUGGACUGGAAAGGCAACGUAUUACUGGAUGUUCCUCUCCACGAUGUAGAAAGCCGCUAUGGAGCUCCAUACUUCUUCAUCCACCGAGCAGAUCUUGUUAAGCUUUUAGUAUCGACGGCACGGCAAAAUUCUAACAUCUCCAUUAAGACCGGCUGCAAAGUGUCGUCGUAUGACUAUGAAGCACCUUCGGUCACAUUGACUACCGGCGAGACAUUUCAUGCAGAUCUGAUCAUUGCAGCGGAUGGCAUCAAGUCAGCGGUCAGGGACGUCAUCAAUGGCCAGCCUCUGCCCCCUCAGGACACAGGAGAUGUGGCAUAUCGGAUACUAGUGGAUGCGAAGCCGCUCCUAGAAGACGCAGAGAUGGCCGCCUUGGUUAGAGAGCCAUGGGCAACCCAUUGGAUGGGACCUGAAGGUCAUGCCGUGGGAUAUCCUCUUCGACAAGGCGAACUGUACAACAUCAUCAUCGACGUGACACAUUCCUCUGAUCUCGGCGAACCGCUUCCGCGCGAUGAGCAAAUCUGGAAGAGCGCUAGGAGUAACAACGAGUUAGUCGAAAGAUUCAAACAUUGGUGUCCCGCGGUGAGGAAGCUCUGCGCGAUGACUGGCGAAUACCUCAAAUGGAGGCUUGCAGACUUCGCUCAGCUUGACAGCUGGGUUCAUCCGAGUGGAAAGGUCGCAUUGUUAGGUGAUAACUGCCAUCCCAUGAUGUGAGUGAUAACUUCCCGGGCCCUUGCAUCUGUUGACUAGUGUUGAUUGGUGAUAGCCCAUACAUGGCUCAAGGAGCGGCACAGGCUACUGAAGAUGCGGCAACGCUUGCAGCGACACUGAGGGAGUACAGCAAUAUUGGCGAGGCACUCAGGGCAUAUGAGUGUCGCAGAAAGCCCAGAGCCGCAUACAUCGCACGUAACACUCGGGUCCUGCAAGACUGGUUGCAUCUACAUGAUGGUGCCGAGCAACGUGCCCGGGAUCGGAUGAUGAAGUCGAAUGAGGAAGACAACCCUAUAUUCUGGGGCUCCACCUUGAGAGAAGACUGGCUGUUUGGACACGACGCUUCCAGACUAUCUUCGAGCACAGCGAUGCCAGCUUUGCCUCCGCGGCCAUCGGAGGAGGCGUCCGUGUACGGACGAAAAGGAUCUGUUCAUGGGCCUCAACCUCGUUGA